UCUUGUCCCACAGACCAGGGACAGAGGCUCCCCAGACGCUUUCUUUCAGCCUUCAGGUGGCGCCUUUGUGCCAUGGAGCCCGACGCGCCAGUGAUUCUGGACCUGCCAAGGGGCCAAGGGAUGAGCUGGGGUCCUCCUUCUCAAUGGCAUCUCCCCCUGGUCUGGAACUGAAGACACUGAGCAAUGGUCCUCAAGUUCCAAGGAGACCGGCUCCUCUGGGCCCAGUGGCCCCACCCAGGGCCGGUGUGGAGAAUGCCUGUUUUUUCUCAGAGGAGCAUGAGACUCAUUUCCAGAACCCUGGGGAUGCCAGACUGGGCAACUCCCCCAGUCCCCUGGGGAGUGUCCCCUCACUGCCCCGGUCCCAGCGGGAUGAUCUGUCCCUGUGUUCAGAGGAAGGGCCAGGUCUGGAGCCCGUGAGUCGCCCUGUGGAUUAUGGCUUCGUUUCUGCUCUGGUUUUCCUGGUGAGUGGGAUCCUCCUGGUGGUGACAGCAUAUGCAAUCCCUCGUGAGGCCCAAGUCAACCCAGACACAGUGACCGCAAGAGAGAUGGAGCAACUAGAGAUGUACUAUGCGCGCUUGGGCUCCCACCUGGACAAGUGCAUCAUUGCAGGCCUGGGGCUGCUCACAGUGGGAGGCAUGCUCUUGUCAGUGCUGCUCAUGAUCUCCUUGUGCAAGGGCGAGUUGUACCGCAGGAGGAACUUUGUCCCUGGCAGAGGCCCCAGGAAGACCUACGGCUCCAUUAACCUGCGCAUGAGACAGCUAAAUGGGGAUAGGGGCCAAGCACUGGUGGAAAAUGAAGUUAUCCAGGUCCCGGAGGCCAGCCAUACCCUCCAGGGGUCUUAAGUAAAAUCCCACUCUAUCUGGAUGCACUAGCUCCAGGGCUCUGAGGCCCCCAGAAAUGCCUGGGGUUUAAAACAGCUCCACACAGGGCCCAGUGGAAGGAGUCUAGGGUGCUGGAGGGGGAGCCUGGGGCUUGGCCCAGGCCCCACUCAGGCAAGCGCCUGCUGAUCUGUUUUAUAGCUUGAGGUUUUGCAUAAGGUUUUGUUUGGAAGAUGGCUUCUGCUGCUAAAAAUACAAAGUUUGGAAACCGCUGCUCUUAGAAGAUGAGGUUCUUGGCAUUUCUGAGUAUUGAGAGCCAUUUGAAAGAUUGUCUAUCCUGUUCCUCCUGCCAUCGGGAAUUCCAGGACCUCUGAUCCUCAUUGGCUAAGUGAUGGUUUUAGGUGGGUACCCUUCUGCCCUGACCAUCCAAGUUGGUAAGUAGCUUCAUAGUCAGGGAAAGGCCAGCACUGGGAUGACCUGUGGCACCCCACUGACUGAACUGAAACCUUCCCCUCUUCAAGCCUUAGUUGCUCUUCUCUGUCAAGCAGGAGGGUUGGACUGAUGACUUCUCAAGCUGGUUCUGCCCUGGUAAUGGGAAUCCAGUCUCCACCUGUGGCCGCCCCCUUCAAAAGAAGAGGUAUUUGCUACACACUGAUCAUUCUUCAUGCCAUUUUCUGGCCCAACCUUGGUGACCACCACUGUGAGGAAGCCAGCUGCUCAUAUGGUCCUUCUAAACAGCUUGGCUGGAUGAAUUAUAUUCAUUUGCCACAGCCUGGUUUUGGCUUUAAGAUCUAAUUUCUGGCAGUGACUGAUUUUCUGCAGUGGCAUAUUUUAUGGAGUUAGGUGCACAGUUUUCACCAUCCUCUGGGCAUGAAAGAUCUUUUCUACAAGAAAGUAUGAGCACUUUGUUGUAUUUGAGGACUGUGUUGUAUUUUUGUGGGUGUGACACAGGCCUUUAUCAUCUUCCCCCACUCAAUAGUAUGUCUCUUGGGCCUGACCUCAUUCUGCUAGCAGAAAGAAAAAAAAAGAAAAAAGAAAGAAAGGAAGAGAGAGAGAAAGAGAAAGAAAGAAAGAAAACAACCAACUUUUAAAACACCGCAUUUGUAGCUUCCUGCUUCCCCUCUUAGUAGUAAAGUGCAGCCACAAUUUAUUUGGGAGAAAUCAGGUAUAUUGAGGUGGCCUGGACACUCUGGCUGAGUUGAUUACCAUUUGUUCUCUUUUAUGGAAUGUUUCCAGGCUCCUUCCAAACUCUCUUUCACCUUCUGACAAGGAAGGUUCCUGGUGGGAAGGACAUGCAGGCAUUUGGGCAUUUGGGGGAGGCAUUGUCAAGUCCAGGCAGCCCUGGAGGGUUUCCAGAGUGUGUGCCUUCUAGGGCAUUAGUAUGAAGACUCUGAAGGACCAAUUUCAGUGAGAUUUUGCCUCUAAGAAGGUCCACUAAUUUCCUUAAGGUUCUCCACAUGGGAAUGGAUUGUAACUGUCUCUAGGGUGGGAGUCUGGGGGUAAAUAGGGACUGUAGGCUGUCAUUACCGUAACAUGAGUCUUCAAUCCACUGAGCUGAACAUCUGGGCUCACAGCUUCUGAGACAGAUCAAAUAUCUGUUCCUGCUGGCAGUUUUUGUUGGGAGCAGAGCUGGGGGAGGGCUGAAGGGACUGAAAUUGUUUAGUUUGGCCUCCUGGGUUCUGUUGUGGUGUGAAAAGGGUGUGGCUAGAAAAGAACAAAGCCCAAGAUGGUGAAUGAUGCACAGGUCCUGGGUUUCUAGAUGGUAGAUGUGUGCAGUUCUUGCAGGCUCCAAGCAAAGACAGCAGCAGAGAUGGCAUGAGCCCUUCUAGGUGAACUCCAGGGAAACUGAGCAUCUCAAAUGAUGGGCCAAGGCUUUUCGAGUCCAUGAUGAUGAUAAUAAAGAUAUCAAUCUGAGCCAUUUGGAUUACUGUGAUGGUGGGAAACUUAUUUGGAUACUAAACCUGUUGAGAGAGUGUAUCUGGGACCAUCAAUUCUUAUUAGUUUAAAUGCAAUGAAAUGUAUUUAGGGGAUAAAUUUGUGAGGAGAUUCAACCCCAGGAAUCUCGGGUUUUCUCCAAGCCAGAAAGGCCUGCUUUGCACUCUAAUGUAGAAACUCCUUUAGAAAAUGUGUGUAAUGGAUCAAGGCAGUCAUUAUCUUGUCAAUGAAUUAACAAAACUUGAGAGAUGCCAAAAACAUUUUUCAAAGAGUGCAGCUGAGAUCUCCCAGCUGGUGGAUAAGAAACAGGUUUUAUGAAGGAGUCCAGGAAAAGAAAGGAGCACUGAGAACUUUCUUUGUAUGUAGAGUUCUUUGGAGUUAGGUAUGGAGCUGUCCUGAGUGCUCCUGUGGCUACUAGAACAUGCCUCACACUUGGGAGCUGCUACUAGGGCCCCAAACCCAGGCUUUUCCCAAUGUAUCUGAACAGAUACUGAUUUCGGAGUUGGGUUUGAAUCAGACUCUGCCAUUUACUGGCUUUGUGACCUGGGGCAGGUUACUCUGCCUCUUUUGAAUUUGGGUUUCUUUGUAGAUUAAUGAAAACUCACUCAGGAAGGUGGUAUUCUCCCUCCCACCUCAGUUGGGCUAACCUGAUUAGGCCUGAAGUUCAGGGUGAGCCCUUCCACCUCUCCUCACAGCUCUCACAUCUGACUCACCCACAGAUCUUGUCAGGUGUGUUCUCAGAAUCCCAUGCCUACUACUGCCUGGCUAGGUCUCUCACUGGUAUCCUGACUUUCUUCCUGCCCAGCUCCUGUCCCCAGUUUAUCCUCUGCUCUCCAAGCCUGUUGAGAGGACAGGUCAUGUUGCUCAUCUGCUCAAAACUCUCCUGAAUGUCCUGCUCAUUCCAAGGAAAAGCUACAUUCUCAUUGUAGCCAGAGGUGGACUUACAGCAAAACUGUCUGGACCCCUCAAACUCCUUUUGUAGUACUGAGUAUUCAGGUAUUUGCAAUCCUACUUCAUUUUUAAGGAUUUCCCCCAGAUUUCUUAAGCUUUAGGUUUUCCCCAAAUCUGGGUCCACCCCUCACAGUGGCCAACAGUGCCCUGUGCUUUCUGCCUCCUGAGCCUCUCUGGCUUCAUUUCCUACGUCUGGUCCCACACUCAUUCUGCUCCAGCCACACUCACACUCUGCCAUUCUUCAACCUUGCCAGACAAUACUCCAACGUCAAGGCCUUUGCACAAGCUACUUUCUCCAUCCAGAAGUCUCAUCCCCUUGCUAUCUGUAAGGCUACUCCCUCACCUUCUUGGGGCUUUAUUCAAACAUCACCUUACUGAAGCCUUUGCUGGCCACUCUAUUAAAGUCACACCCUCAACUUCACUCCCUCUUCUCCUUACCUACUAAUCACUACAGCAAGCUGUGUCCUUUACUUUUUUUUGUAUCGGGGAUCAAACUUGGGACCUUGCAUUUGUGAAGCAGGUGGCAAAACCACUGAGUGAAAUCCCUGGUCCCCUUUACUUACUUAUUGUCUGUCUUUCCCACUGCCUCCCCCAUUGGAUUGUAAGCUCAAUUAGGGCUGCCCAUUUGGUCUCACUGGUUCAAACUGCUCUCCUAGUUCAAGAAACAGUGGUUGAUACAAUGUAGGGUUUUUUGUUAUUGUUUGUUUUUGUUUUUUUUUGAUGAGUGAAUGAAUGCAACUAGUUUCUUACGGCUUCCAGGGCAGCUGGGUCUUAUUCAAGGUCUUGGAGCCUCACAGUCCCUGCUUGGAGACUGAGUUGUCCUCCUAGAACCCUGGCCUAGGCUAGGAAUUAGUAAUAUAGAAGGUCAUAUGCCAGGCGGUGCUAAGGGACCUAUUUCGUUCCUGGGCCCUGUGGCUGCAGCCCAUUUGCCCUCAUCUCCCUGGGCCUUGGUACAUAAUUAUGUAGAGGAGCUAGAGGUAUCUCCCUAAUGAGGGAAGAGCCCUCUUCCCAGACUUGUCAGGAUGCAGCUAGGUGCCAGCUAGACCUGGGAGACAGCUGUUGAGUGCUUAGGAGCCUGACUCUCCCUGAUCUGAGGGCUUGAAGCACCAAGCCUGGACUUUUGGAACCCCAGUGCCUAUUGUUACCUCUACUUGCUUUUUCUGCAGGCAUCCUGUGAGUCUAUCUGAUGACAGUGUCUGCUACCUAAGACCUCACCAAUAUUGCUCCCUCUUGGGAAAAGCAUUGCUUUUCCCUGCAGCAUGUCCUCCUCCCUGUGCAUACACAUUUGCCCAGGCCUGCACUCAUGCAUACGGACACACUUUGAUGCAUAUCCUUGCAUGCACACACCCUCUCCACACACACAUAGCUUGCUCAGAAGCCAAGGACAGACACCCUGGGGAAGUGGCACCAAGCCAGGGGAUCCUCUGGAUGACUGAUGAUGUUUUCUUUUUCUCGUCCAUGGGCCAUGCAAUUCCCAGCAUGCUGACCUCACAGCAGCAGCCUCUUGUCUCCUCCCCAAGCCAGGAGAUUGUCUACCCUUCCCACUCCCUCCUUAGCGCCAGGAGGAGGGAUGUCCAGGAGGGUUUCCACCUUAGCAUCUCAGGAAGGGACUGUAGUCCUGAGCUGGGAACCAGGCAAACCAGAUCCUGGUGGUCACUCAUUUUCUGUGGGCCUUUGGGUAAAUGGAUCUACCUCUCUGGUCUUCCAGAGGAAAACUGGAAACCUUCCUACUUCCAGAGGGCUUGCCAACAUUGACAGAAUGGUGCCUCAUGUCUGGAUAGGAGGAGGAAGGGGGCAUUAGAAAGAAUCUACAGGGGGGUUCUGUCAGGAGUAAAGUAGGGUGUCAGAGGCACUGCAAAGGCAGGGAGACACCCUCAUGCUGGACCUGUUGGUUUCUUCUUGAAAGCAGACACCCUCUACUCCUCCCCUCCCCAGGAAGUAGAUUCAGCCAGAGGAAAGAGAAGAUGUUGAGAUCUUGUGUGCUUCAGAGUGGUAAGGAGCUCCUUGUCAGUGGAGGCAUGUUAGCAUUUAUUGGUCAGGUGUUGGGUACUUUUAGUAAUGGAGUAUAGUAGAGUUGGAUUAGAUUUGGAUUCAGCCAAGAGGGUUCUAAAUUUCCAAACCUCUUCUUUGGGGAGCUAAUGCCCCAGUGACCACAGCCUGGAAAGACAGUGAGAACUCCGGCCCUGUUGUAUUUUUUUUUUCUUUUUCACAAACAUCCUUUCCCCCAGAUUCUUCCUCUUUGAGGACUGAGUUGUUCACAAACAGAUGGGCAGCACCAGGGCACCUCAUAGUUCAGAGGGUACCAGGAUUGUCCCCUCCCAGGAAGCCAACAGCUUCUGUGCUUUCCCCCUAGUCAAAGCUAAGAGGGAUGGGAGGCAGAGCUCCAUGGAUUGGGCUCUGUGAUUGUUCAUCAGAUGAGUGUGAGCCACUGCCUCCAGGGAUGUGCUUGAAGGUGCUUCAUGCCUCUUAGCCCAUUUCCUUAUCUGUAAAUGGCAUUGCUAAUAACAGCACCUUCCUUGUUAAACUGGAGAUGAGCCUGUUAAGCACUGAGCACGGGUCCUGAUGCUUCCUAAUUGCUUGGUAAAUGUUGCCUCAUUCAUUCACACCUGGUCUAGAUUGUGGCCCAGGCACUGUGGGCACACAGCUCUUGCCCUUGGGGUGUCCAGGCUAUCUGGAGAAGUGGCAGUGGUGUGGCUGGGAAGGGUGAUGCCCAGGGGUUGUGUGUCUAUGCGAUCAUGGAGAGAGGCUAGGAAAGGAGGCUGUCAUGCCAAACUCUUUUCAGGCAGCUCAGUGUGAGCAAGUCCUGACUUAGGGCCAGUGACAUUUAGCAAACACCAUCUCUCCCUCCCAUCUUUUCUUUCUUCUGAUCCCUUCCUUUCCUUCUCUUUUUGAUUCCCCUAUGUCCUUAUCUCCUUUCCUUGAAGCUAUUUAUGGGGGUUAGCCACCUGGAGGUAAGCUCUCCUAGGAGUCCUCACAUUCUCCUAUCAGAGAAGAAAGCAGAGGCCCAAGUGCAAAUGCCUGCAGGGCUCAGCAGGUGACAUCAGUGAACACAGUGGUGGCUGUGGAAGGCAGUGGCAGGAUUAAAGGGGGUGCCUGCUGUUUCUGGAUGGCUGUUGCCCUGUGGUUACAGGCUGUAGUUUUUCAAGAGCAGCCAAACAGCUGGACUUGGUGUGGGUACAGAGAUCCUGAAAGGGAUUAUCCCCUGCCUGAGGAGUGGCUGAGGUCAAAGGAGGGCCCAGAGAGAUGCCACCUGCCAGGUCAGACAUCUGCAGCUCUCCUCUCAUCCAGAGCUUAAUCACUCAUAGACAUGAGGACACCCCCAAGAAGGGGACUGGCCUCUUGCAUCCUAGCUAGAAAGCUGCUGAGCUAUGAGAUCACUUGAGAGUUGACCAUCCAAGUAUCCUUCAUUUCUCUAAUGAAGAUUCAAGCAGCUACUCAGAGUCAGGGUUCAGAAAUUUAGCACUGAACAGGUAAAAAUACAAGAAUACUCCCGAGAGGCUUGACUUGUGAAGAUCAGAGGUGUUUGUGAACAGGGAAUCCAGGUCCCUUUCUGAUCUGGAGAAUUCUUGGGGUGGGAGGCCCAUGGAGACCACCUAUGCUAGCUUGAAAGGAUGGUGGUAUUGGGGAGGAGGGAUGAGGAAGUCCUGUUCUUCCUCCCACUGUUUGAGGCCUGAGAAGAUAGGUGGAGGACGCUGGUGUUUUAGGGGAUCCAACUAUUGAUGUAGGAAAGACAGAGGAGGCUGUGGAGUGGUAUUCAUGACUGCAGCAUAGCAGAGAGACUCUAAUCCUCUAGUGGACUGGACAGAGACUGUGACAGUCUCUGAGGGUCCAGGAUGAAGCUCUUACCAGUUGUGUGUAGAACCCAGUAGAGACCCAGUGUCAAACAACCCCCCAAAACCUAGUAUGAAUAAGAGUAAACCCAUCUAUCCUCACCCCCAUCAUCAUAAAAGGCCAGCAAAGACAUUUGGCCUUUCUCCUUCCUCCUCCCCAUCCACACCCUGGAGGAGGAAGAGCCCAGAAGAGGCUAGGGUAGACUCCUUCGGACUGGGUAUGAAUCAGAAAGUUUUAACUGACCAAAACUGAGUUUGAAAUCAAACUGACAAGCUUGUUACUGGCUCAGCCUUAGCUGUUGAGAUGAGAAAGGUGGAUUUAAUAGAGAUCCACUAGAUAAAAACAUCUCAUGUUUCUACAUUGCAAUGAACUAGGUCAACUUUAGAUCAUUUAAAAAAACAAUAUAUAGUGUUCUCUGGAUAUCAGACCCUGUGCCUUUACAUUUGCUAGCUCAUUUAAAACUCACCAUAACCCUAGAAAGAAGUUCCUAUCAUUACCCAUUUUACAGAUGAAGCUUUGGCAUGGGCAGGUUAAGUGACUUGUCAAAGGUCAUACAACUGGUGAAGAGCAGUCAAGACUCAAAUUUAAUAAUAUGCCAUUAUAUGUGUUAGCAAGUUUAGUAACAUGCAGGCCAGUUGGAGCAUAAUUGUGGCAGAUCUGGGCUGUGGGCUGCCACUUUGAGGCCCAUGACUUGCCUAUGAAUUGGGAACUGUGUGGAGAGCUCAACAGUGGAGUCUCCACUCCAUUCUGUGGAAAUUGAAGCAGUUCAUGGAGUCUCACAAGAUGGGCAGGAUCUCAGACAGUCAGGUCCACCCUUACGCCUACUUUAGAGAGGAGAGCUAAAGACUUGCCAUGGGUAACAUGGCGCAGGCCUCUUGCCCAUUGCUCUCAAUGAUUUCUCCCUUGAAUUUACAUUCUGGGAACCAAGCAGCUUGAAGGAUGAAACUGCCACUGUCUGAAGGGAGGGGAAAGAGCAGGGCUUUGAAUUGGAGGCAGGACACCUAUGUCCUUUCUACUCUGGGAUUCUUGUCAGAGUGGGCCAUCCUGAAUUGGAACCAGCAGUCUGGUUAAACCCUCCUGGGUGAGGCAUCACAGGGGGUGAGCGCUGACCAGGGUGCUGAACCAGCAUGCUGCUUUCCUAACAGCCUGAGGGAACAGGGAGCUGGAAGGGAAGGGGGUCUUCAUUUUUGUCACUUAGAGCCUCCAUUACUGUUUUGGUCACUGAUCAGUGGGAAAGCCUUGGAACUUAAAGCCAAGAUUUAUGGCUUGUGUUGCCCUGGUAAAGUCACUCACUAAUCUGCUUGGGCUUGCUCUUUCACUGGUUCAGUGGGAAAGAGUAGCUCAUCCUGCUUACUCAGAAAGCCAAGGUGAACGGCACAGGGGCCCAGGUAACAGGGCACUGCACCCCAACCAUAGGGCCCAAACUAUCCUCUCAGGAGUUCACUCUCAUAGAGGGUUUCCUGGAUCUGUUUCUUUCCCUGCAAAAUGGAGGUCUGCUGAGUGGUUUCAAGUGCUCCUUACCUGAAGGCUGCAAGCAGAAGUGCUCCAGAAUGUGACACACUAUAAAUAGGAUCAACUUCGGAGUCUAAGACCAUCUUGGGGUCUAUUCAGCACCUUUCCUUUCUUGCACAAGUCCUGAUUCAUUUUCCAGCUUCUGGCAUAGGUUUUGCCUAGUAACUCAUGGUCCUCAUUGGACCAGGGUGUGAAAGCAUUUAUUUCUCAAGAAACUGACCCAGUUCUAAUACUUUAGUGGGGGGGUAUGUUCAGCACCUUGAGUAAGUUGGCCAGCAGUGUUUAUCUUGAGUUUGUGAGGCGGACUACAUAAAAAGCCAGCACACUGUGGCCACCAGGUAAAUGCUUAUUUCCUGCACUGAGGUUGGCCCAAGUCUCCUCUCCUUGAGCCCCAUCCUUACCUCAGUAAUAGAAGUCAGUAAUAAUAGCAGCUGGAACCCACUGAGCCCUCCAUUGCCUGAUAUUAAGUCCCACUGUUUGGUGGGAGCCUGCACCAAUCCUGUAGACAGAGGUGAUAGUCAUUUUACAGGUGAAGGCCACAUACUGGCAAAGGAGUGCUCAGAGUCACACCCAUGCCUGCCUGACUUUGAGCAAAUUAUCAGAUCUUUCCAAACUUUCUGGUAAAAAAAUACAGGUAAUAUCUCGUUAUUGUUAUGAUUUGAAGAGACAAUGUAUAUUUAAAGACACACACAAGACACGAGUGGUCCCCAGAGGUAAGGGAAUGGAGUAGAUGCUGGGAGUUCAAUCAGGGAAAUCUUAAAAUGAGAGGGUUCUUGCAUGCACUAAUCAUAUGUGCCACCAAUCAAGGAGACUUGAUGGGCUUAUCUGCCUCUGAUAUCCAGGUGAAGGAAAAGGACAAAGUUUCUCAAACUUUUAACAGGAAUCUCACGGAGAAUUUGCUGAAGUACAGAUUCUCUUUCAAUAUACUGGGGAUGGGGCCUGAUAGUCUGUGUUUCUAACAAGGUCCCAGGUGGUGCUGCUGCCACUCAUGAUCUCACUCACAAGCAUGCAGUCUUCCCUUCUGAAUUCGCACACUUGCAUGAGCCUAUGAAUCACAAGAGGAACUCAUAAAAAAACCGAUCUGAAGACUGUUUGUGGUUGUAGAUUGGGGUCCAAGAUGUGCUAAUGUGUACUUAGAGCAAGCAUCUGAAGAAAGGCUUGGGCAAGUACAGGUGUGGUACCCACCUGUAUUGUGGACCAUGAUACAGACACAGACUGGCCUACCAGACCACUGUCCCAAUAUACCAUCCUGAGAACAAGGGUGGGAAAGAGAACAAGGACAUUUUCCCAGGAUCCCUUGCUUUAGGGUUUGAGAGGUGAUCAAAUGCAUUUAACUGGGCCUUGGACUUAGACCUGAGUCAAAGGUCAAGAUGGCAGUAUGAAGGGCAUCCACUUUCUGGUGCACAUGUGUGCAGCUGCUCUGUAACCCAGAGUUCCUAUUCCCCAGAUAAUGGCAAUGACAUGAUCACACUAUUCUGUGGACCCUAACUUUUGGCUAAAAUGUUUACAAUGAGUGAAUCCCAGAACUAAUACAUCAGCAGGAACCACCCACUCCUUCAUUCCUCUGACCCCAUCAUACUGUGACUCAUCGCACAUACAGUAUGUGCUCAUCUGGAACACAGCCACUACCUGGCCACUUAGCAUCCUGUUACACUGAGCUGCCAGCCUCAUGAACCUCUAUGCCAGGCCUGACUUUUUAUUUUGCAUACCCACCAGCACCGCCCCUAGUGGUGAGUAUUAAAGACUUCCUGGAACUGGUGCUUCUUGCAUCCUAGGCUCUGCCCUCACUACCCCUCACAUCAACAAAACCACCUUUGCCUUUUGAUCCACCUUCAGGGGCAGAUUCAGGUCCAAGCAUAGCUGGAGUGAAGUGUGUCAAAGAAGGAUGGAGCUGAGAUCCCUGUCUUUGAAACUCUCCUUUGAAACAAAAGGUCAACAGUGGCCACCAAGCAUGCAAGGUUUAGGGAACAGAAAGCUGGGGAUAUGUAUGUGGGAAAUUCUUUGGUGGUGAGACCUGCCUAUAUUGGAACUGCACAAAAGUGGACCAAAUUACGUAGCAGAGACUACGAACUGCACCAGAUUCUACUUUUCCUCCCAUGAAGUAAGGCAUGGAUCAAUAACAAAAUGUCAUUAAUGAUAGAGAGGUCACAAGAGAAUCUGGGUUCCAAAGAGUGAGGCUACAUGGGAUUUGCUACCCAUUUUCCAACCACGUGUCCACAGGACACAGGAACACAGCCUCCAUUUUGAGCAAAAUACAUUCUUUGAGUAGAGGUCUUAGGAGACUUGUGACUUAAAAUGGAGGCUGACAGAAGUUCAUGACUGUGAAGAUAAACACAAUGAGAAACACAGCCAGCUUCAAGAAUUGGGAAGAAGCGAAGCCAUGAAAGGGAAGGUGGGACAUAGGCCAGUGCAUCCCAGGAAUACUAUGAGCGGUCUAGGCAUUUCAGCAAAGGGCAAGUAUAAUUAGACCUUUAUUUUACUUGUCACUGGAUAAACAAUGAAAUUUCAAGCCAAGCAAAUGAAUCUCACUACAUCUGAAAAGGUCACUGGAACUUCCCUAGAGAAAGGAUCUGUCCUGUAUCACAUCAAGCCCAUAUCCCCAAGUCAAACCCUUGUGUGACUUGCUGGCCAUGGCUACCAUCAAAGCCAUGAUCUACUCCGCUAGUGUGAGUGGCUCUGGUUACUGCUUUACUUGGCUUAGGUCAAAAGAUUUUUUUAAAUGGACACAACCACAAUGAAAUAUGACUUGAUACCCAAUAGGUAUUAGCAAGAAGAUGAAGAUUAAUAAGAGUCAGCAAGGAUGUAGAGAAACUGGAACAUGGGAAUGUGAAAUGGUGUGGCUGCUGGGUUAAACACUGGCAGUUUCUCAGAAAUAUAAACUGUAUUACCAUGUGGUCCAGCUAGUCCACUCCUCGGUAUAUACCCAAAUGAAAACGUCCAAAAACUUGUACAUGAAUAUUCACAAGCAACAUUAUUCAUACUAGCCAAAAAGUAGAAAUGACCCAACUAACCAUCAAGACAAAUGGAUAAACAAAUAUGAUAUACCCAGUUGGAUUAUUUGGCCAUAAAAAGGGAAUGAAGUACAGAUACAUGCUGUAAUAUCAAUGAAUCCUGUAAACAGUAUGCUAAGUGAAAGAAACCAGACACAAAGGCCACAUAUUGAGUGAUUCCAUUUAUGAGAAUGUUCAGCAUAGGCAAAUCUUUAGAGAUAGACUAGGGGUUGCCGAGUCUGGGUGAGGGAAAAAUGGAAGUGACUGCUAAUGGAUAUAUGGGGUUUCUUUUGGGGGUGGUAAAAAUGUUCAGGAA